GCACGCACCAAUAUCACCGUAUAUAUUUCAUAGUCACGAGCGCCCAAAGGGUUGAAAAUAAGUACUGUUUACAAAUAGAAUUUCCUAUUUACAAAUGUUAUCAUAUAAAUUUAUUGACAGAAAAUAUUGCACGCAUUCCGAAAGCUUAUAAAUAGGAAGCACGGUGUCAGUUGUAUCAGAAAUUCUGUCAGUUUUCGCGCAAUUUGAAGCUCAACACCAAGAAAAAGAAAAAUAAAAUAUGCAGAUUUUUGGCAAUUUAACCUUGAUACUCAAUCUAUUUGGCAUUUCUACAGUCGACAAGGAAUUCGUGCAAAUAAUAGGCGAUAUUGUGCUUGCCACAUCCAAAGAGCGCACCGUGAACUCACUACUUUAUGUAAGUUAUAAAAAUUACUCUAAGUUGGUUGGCCUAGAGGAUGUACAGCUCUUCAGCACACUUCUGGACCGAGUUGGACUACCCGCGCUGCAUUUUGAUUCUACUCCGCCUGUGGAGUCAUAUGGGGAAACAUACAACAAAGAGCUGCUAAGUAUCGUUCAGGUCACGACGAAUACUGAAUUUGAUGAGCUCCUGCUGAGAACACUGUGGCAACGCUUAUGGUACAAUACACAGAGUCCACUCAUAUUGCUGCUCGAUGACAGCGCGAACGAGUCAUAUGUCGCAAGCAUUUUGAACUUUUGUGUAAAAAAUGCCGCAAUGAAUGUCAUCGCCUUGCAACCCGAACUCGCGGUUGUCGCACGCAGCUAUUGGACCUUAAAAUUGUUUCCCACACAGGAUGUAAUUAAACGCAAAUUCGCAACAGGCUACCGUGCAAUAUUUCCGCAACAUUUGGCUGAUAUGCGUGGUCACCCUUUACGCAUGAUUGAGAACAUUUGGUAUCCGCAGAUCUAUAAUUAUACCCGAAAGCAUACAAACGAGUCCGUGCUCAGCGGCUUCUUGGGUAGAACCAUAACGGAGUAUGCUUAUCGUCGCAAUGCCACAAUUGUGAAUCCAUUUAGCUUGCACCACAAAUUCCUGUCAUAUACUGAGCUUGUAGAGACUAUUAUAGAGAGGAACAUUGAUAUAUGCUCUCUGACUGACUACGCUUAUGAUGACUAUAACCUCAGUUACACGGAUGUCUUCGCGCUUAGCACUUUGUGCUUCAUGGUGCCGGUGGAGCAACCAAUACCAAAAUCUAAAUUCUACCAUUAUGUGGUUAAUGUGCCGGUUAUUGUGAAUUUUCUUCUAAGUUUGGUACUGUUGUCGCUUAUUUGGGCAUUCAGCGCUUAUGACGAGGAGCAACAACGUGACUUACUUAUUGCACGUUUCGUCAACUCCUCAAUACUGUGCGCGCUACUAGGCAUGGCAUUUUUAUUGAAGGAAGUUAGUACAGCGGUACGUAAGAUCAUAUUUCUGAUCAUCUCGUUUUCCGGCAUCAUAUUCGGUACCGCUUACGGUGCUUAUUUGCAGAGCUUCACCGUAAAUGCACCAGUCGCUCCACCUUACAAAACAGUUGAUGAUCUCUUAGAGGGCGGUAUUAACAUCGCCUUGGGCAGAAUCAACCGGAAGUGGAUUGAUGAAGUGCCGGUACUACGCAAUAAUUAUCAGAAUUUUAAUGUUUUUAUCAAUAUAACGGAAUAUUUUCUACUACGCGACACACUUAAUACGAGUUAUGCAUUCUUAGUCUCCGACAUGUGGUUGGUGUAUGAGGAGCAACAGAAGUACUUUUCGCGGCCUCUCUUUCGCCUAUCGGAUAUAUGCUUGCGAAAGAAUAAUCCGAUGGCAGUGCCUCUGCAACGAAAUUCGCUCUAUCGCGACGAUUUGAGUGCAUUUAUAGGGAGACUUACGGAAGCGGGCCUCAUAGAGCAGUGGAGGCGUCAAAGCUUCUUAGAACUGCUCGAUAUGGACUGGAUUAUGUUGACCGAUCAUAGUAAGCCACGUGAUUUCGUACCUAUGAAAUUUCAGGACUUGCAACUGUUACUUAUAGCUUUGGGUUUCUCAUUGGUUGUCAGUGUUUUGUGUUUUUUGUUGGAAUUACUUUGGAGGAAAAUCUCGCAUUUAUGGGCUAGAAAAGUGCGUAAAUGUUCAAUUUAGAAUAAUUUGUGUGAAAAAAAAUGUGUAAAAUAAAUAAAAUAUGUUAAAUUUUUCCCCUAUUCGUUAAUGGUUUAUUUUAUUUAUAUUUCGAAAUAAAUGUAUUUUUGUUUAAAACUCCGUUGAAACUCGUUUACGAGUUUAACACUAUUCAGAUUAGCUUAUGAUUCAACAUUCUGAACCGAAGUUGAACACUUUGUACUACUAGUACCGCUUCUAAUAGUGCUAAUUUAUGUAAUUCGAUUAUAAUUCUGAAGUUCACAUUUAUAUGAUCCAACCUGUGGGCAAUAGCAAAAUAUUUAAUUUACAAUUACAAUUUUAUUGUGAUAAUUGUUUCAUGGAACGCAUAUCACUGUGGGUUUUUGUAAUCUUCCGCUUUCAUAUAUCGCAUCCAUAUAUUUAGUAGUUGCUCUAGUGCCAGCGGAGCAUUUUCUUGUAGGACCCCCGGAGGUGAUCUGGCGAUUGAUGCCCAGAGUAUAUUCGACCAUGAAGAAAUUCGAAUAGCAAUUACGCAGUUGAAGAACAACAAAGUGGCGGGGCCGAUGGAUUGCUAUUCAAAUACGGCGAUAAAGCACUGAUAAGGUGCUUGUAUCAGCGGAUGAAAAAGGUUUCUUCUUCUUCUUGACUGGCGUAGGCACCGCUUACGCGGUUAUAGCCGAGUCCAAAACAGCGCUCCACGUAUCCCUCCUUCUGGCAGUUUGGCGCCAAUUGGUUAUACCAUAUAUUGGUCCCUCUCCACCUGGUCCUUCCAUCGGAGUGGAAGUCUCCCUCUUCCUCGGCUUCCACCAGCGGGUACUGCAUCGAAUACUUUCAGAGCUGGAGCACUUUCAUCCAUUCGAACAACACGACCUAGCCAGCGUAACCGCUGUUUUUUAUUCGCUGGACUAUGUCUAUGUCGUCGAAUAACACAUACAGCUCAUCGUUCCAUCGUCUGCGGCAUUCGCCGUUGCCAAUGUUUAAGGGACCAUAAAUCUUCCGCAAAACCUUUCACUCGAAAACUUCUAGUGGUAUUCACAAAAAGGGAGACCCCACA